GCUAUUUUCAAUAUCAGAGCUUAAAAAUUUAUGCGGAUUAGAAAAAUUUUUGUAAAGUGAUGAAAAGUUUAGUGGACGUAUUUAUUGAAUAUUUAUUUGAUUGUAAAAUAUAUUUGAUCAAAUAUUGUAAAAUUAUUUUUGUCGAAAUUAUUAAAAGCACAAAAAGAGGUUACGCUUCAAAAAUUUAUAUAAAUUCAGUAGUUUUAGAGUUUAAAGUUAUUGAAGACAAUCCGAAUAUAAAUUUUCAAGUCGGUCAGGUAUCCGCAGACGAUAAAGCGCUAGGUUAGAUUUUAGAUUAGGUCAUGCGCCUGGGGUUCGAUAUCCUUGGGGUUCAAAUUUUAUAUUUAAGAAUUUGAACUUAAUGCAAGUUCGUGUCAAUUUUGAUGGUACUUGCUAUACAUCUCAUCUACGUGAAAGCCGAUGGCCACGCCCGAUCCUUUCAACACUUCGAGGGACCAGUUCACGGUGAAGACCACGAAGUCACUUGGGUGGAUAAACACGGACACAAGCAUCAAGACUAUGAGGCCAAUCCGCAUUACGAAUUCGCUUACGGGGUCGAAGACCACCAUACAGGCGACUACCAUGGACAAAAAGAACAUAGAAAUGGAAAACAAGUAACCGGAGAGUACACUCUGAAGGAGCCAAACGGCAACAUUAGAACAGUAAAAUACGUUGCAGACCACGAUGGAUUCCACGCAGAAGUGAUAAACAGUCACGACGAAAAAUAGAAACAAUUAUCUAAAGAUUUGAACAAUAGUAAUUUUCCUUUUGCCAAAGAUUCACUCGAUUUAGAUUCUUCAGAUACCUCUCUCUGUUCAUAUAAAACAGACUUUCAGGGAACUGUAUUUUUAUAAAACUAUUUUUAUAUAACGGGCCAUACAAUAAAUAUUAAUGAAAUAUUUUAUUAAUUUAAUAAAAUGAUAUAGACUUAUCCGAAGCCCGCCUAUUACGUAUUUUAAUUAUAAGAAUUUUUGUAU